UGGUCACUGCUCGACUUUGAGAUUGGCAAGCCGUUGGGCAAAGGGAACUUUGGCAAAGUCUAUCUAGCCAAAGUCAAGUCGGACAACCCUUUCAUUCUCUGUCUGAAAUGUCUCGACAAGCACGAUAUUGUCUCGCAUAAUAUUCAGACACAGGUGAGGAGGGAAGUAGAGAUCAUGCAGAGUAUAAGACAUCCCAACAUUUUACGUCUCUACGGAUGGUUUCACGAUCAGACGAGAAUCAUGCUUAUGAUCGAGUUUGCGGGGAAAGGUGAGGUGUUCAAGCAUUUGAGACAGGCCAAGCGGUUCUCAGAGAAGCGAAGCGCCAGAGCAAGUUCAUUUUAUGCAUCGCCGAGCGACACUUACGAGUGCCAGUAUAUCCGGCAAGUCGCCGAUGGGCUCGCUUAUCUCCAUUCAAAGGAUAUCAUCCAUAGAGAUAUCAAACCUGAGAAUCUGUUCUUGGGUGGGUGGCUCAGACGAAUGUCCUGGACGUUAACGAACACAGGCACCGAUGGCCAACGAACGAUUGCAGGCACGCUGAGCUAUGUCGCACCGGAAAUCAUUCUUGGGAAAUCGUAUGGCCGUGCAGUCGAUAUCUGGGCUCUAGGGGUUUUGUCUUUUGAGUUUAUUUGCGGGGAAGAGCCUUUCGGUAGCGAUCCAGCCUCGAGAAUAUGUCGGUGCGAUGUUGUAUGGCCGGAGCACGUCAGUUCAGAGGCGCGAGACUUCAUCGGAAAGCUUAUGCGCAUCGAUAGUCAUCAGAGGAUGCCAUUGUGCGAGGUCCCCAACCAUCCGUGGAUCAAGUUGUAUCAUAUAGCAUAG